AUGUCUGAUGUAAACAACAACAAUAUGGGACCUGUUCGCCCGGCCGAUGCUGAAGCCAAGGCAGUAUUUCAUGAAAUCAAAGAAGAAGUCAUUGAUAGACUCAAUCACUUGGAUAAUCUCCAUAAUCUUCAUGAACUAGAUGAUUUGAAGCGUAUUCAGUCCUAUAUCCUUACUGAAUAUGCUGUUGAAGAGGUUGCUUAUGGGUACAAUUAUUUUGGAAAGAUCAACCUGGGAGAUGAAAAAUUCAUCCAUGUGAGGUAA